AAACCCACCGCAUGCCCCCCUCCCCUCCGCUACUGCCUGUGUGUGUGCAGGAGCGCUUGACCACACACGAGGUGUCCCUAUGUGUGCUCUCAGACUCUCGCCAUGCCGAAGCACUCCGAUCCUCACUCGCUGCCUGCCCACCCGCACAUGCCACCGCCACUCCCCCUGCCGAUCCACCUCCUGCCACCGCCUCUACUGCUGCCCAAGCUCCUCCUGCCACGGCCUCUGCUUCCUCUCCUGCUGCUGCUGCUGCUGCUGCUGCUGCUGCUGCUGCUGCUGCCACUCCUCCUGCUGCCACAGCAGCAGCACCAGCACCUGCCACUGCAGCCUUAACUGCUGGGACCAUCAUCCCUCUGUCCACCCCGCCUCCUCCGCCCUCAUCUGCCUUGCAACCACAAGGUCCCACUGUUUGGGUGCCCCCUCUGCGUAUAACUUUCCUCGGAUCCAGGCUGCAUUUUGAGGGGCUGAAGCGGGUUUCACGGGAUGGUUUCGGGCAGGUUUAUGAGGUGUGCUUGGGCAGGUGA